UGUAGCGCAGUAUUAGCGCCCCUCAAAGUCACGGUCGUACGCGCUAUACACUCGGUUGACAUCAUACCAGGAUCCAAAUCGUCGUAUUCCAAACCGUAUGAUGUCACGACUCCUCGACGUCAUACCACUUGCCUUUUUUGUACGCCAUCGGAGAGGAGUAUAAGAACUAGGAGGACGUUGAGCAUUUCCAAUCAGCUUUACUUUACAUCUUAACCAACGCACCAUCAAUUCAAAUCAUCAUCAUGUCUUCCGAAGAACCCAGCAAAGUAUCUGGUCAAUUCCACUCUGUCAAGGGUACCGCCGUCGAGACAAUCGGCGACAUGACCGGCAUGCAAUCUUGGUCGCAGUCAGGCAAAGAAGAACACGCCAAAGGGGAGGGCGAGUACAACGACGCUCAAGCCAAGGGAUACGUGGAGGGCGUUUCCGACAGGGUUAGCGGCUACAAGGAUUCAGUUGUUGGAGCUGUGACUGGCGAUAAAGCCCAGCAGACAACUGGGAACAUCAAGAACGAGAAGGGUCAGACACAGCAAGAGAUCAACAAGCCCACUGGAACGAUUCUGUAUAUCAAUGCCUAUCAGGCUUAUUUUAUUUUUUUGACUUGCGAAAAAUGGAUGUAGCUGUUGCGCACGGUAUCCUCAGUUGUUACAUCUAAAA